GGUCAGCUGCUUCCUGUUUCCCCCCUCCUCAGUCAGCUGUCACUCGGUUGUUUGCAAACAGCUCCGUCCGCGGGCUCCAUGGUCUCUGGCGCGGCUCCUGCGCCCCUGUAGCCCCCGCCGUUUGCGCCACGAUGGGGGAAAACGACGACAGCGACAUCAUAGAGCACCACGUCGAGGAGGAGAUGGAGAAGAGAGGGGCGAGGAGCCACGCUGCGUCCUCCUCCUCCUUCCCGGAGAGCGUCAGUCCGUCCGACAGAGAGGGCCACAGCAGCACCCAGUCCUCCCACAGACUGCUGGCCUACAGCGAUGCCCUCAUCUCCAUUAUCGCCACUGUCAUGAUAUUACCUGUCGCUCAUACGAAGGUGGAAGAUAAUGAGGAGUUGAGGGAGAGUGUUCAGCAGCUGCUGACGACAAAGAUCGCUGUUUAUUUAAUGACAUUCCUGAUAGUUAAUGUUGCGUGGGCCGCUCAUAUCAGGUUAUUUCAGGUGAUUGUCAGGAUCGAUGACUGCCUCGCCUUACUGAAUCUUGCCUGCAUGAUGCUGAUAACCUUUCUACCAUACACAUUUUCUUUAAUGGCGACUUUCCCUCAGAAAAUCCUCGGGAUUUUACUCUUUUGUGGUUGUGUGAUGGUGAUUGGCGUCAUUCAGUCGGUGAUUGUGUUGUACGCCUUCAGUCGCCCUUUCCUGCUGAACGAACAGAUUCAGAUCUCAGAGAACCAGACCUUCUAUAAACACCACAUCCUCAAAGUCAUCAUGAGAGUGCCCCUCAUGUGCCUCUUCGCCAGCAUCUUCUCCUUCAUCUUUUUCCAGCUGUCGUACGUGCUGUUAGCCAUCGUUAUCUUCCUGCCCUACAUCUCCCAGUUUUUGAAGUGGUGUCGCAGCAAAGCAAUUGGUCAGGUGGAGGAGACUCCAGACUCCAUGCAGUUCUACACCUUCCUGCCUAAUGAACCCCUCACUAAAGAGCGAGUGGAGGCUUUCAGUGAUGGAGUUUAUGCCAUCGUAGCUACGCUCCUUAUCCUGGACAUAUGUGAGGACAACGUCCCAGACCCAACUGUCGUGAAGGAGCAGUUUGGUGGCAGCCUGGUAGCGGCCCUGCAGGUCUACGGUCCAGAGUAUCUUGCCUACUUUGGUUCCUUCGCCACCGUCGGCCUUCUCUGGUUUGUCCACCACUCGCUCUUCCUCCACGUCACCAAGACCACGCGCUUCAUGGGCCUGCUGAACACCUUCUCAUUGGCAUUUGUCGGAGGUCUACCUUUAGCCUACCAGCUAACGCACGAAUUCCCGCGCAACUCCCACAAUGAACUGGAAGCCAUUCAGAUUAGCUGUGUGAUAAUCUUCUUCGCAGGUAUAUUUCAGCUCACCAUUUGGGUGGUCGCUCUUUACAAUGAGCAGGAAACUCUGCACCCCUAUGUACGGUAUGGUGGGCGUGAGCAUGUGUUCAUGUUAGCUAAGCUAGCCCUGUACCCCUGUGUAGCUUUAGGAACAUUUUUCCUUACAUGUAUUCUGAGUAAAUUUAGUGCUCCAAUUUUCCACCUGAUGGAAAUCACGGUGCCUUUUGCUUUUCUUGUCUUGAGGUUGUUGGUGCGUGUUGGGCUAGCGCUGCUAAGGCAAAUCUUCUGUCCUGAUAGGCCCGACCCAAGGACUGUUGUAGAGGAGGAAGAUGACGAGACAAGAGUGCCAUUCAACGCUUUAGUUACCUAGCUAGCUUAAAGGGAGGUAGCCACAGAAAGUUGAGACAACUGACAGAGCUGUGAGGCAUUAUUGCUAAAAUACUUGGUCUCUGAAAGAGUUGCUGCUUAGAUUUGACCUCUCAUCAGGAGCCUGUUGGGGUUUGAAUCAGGAACAAAAUGGAAAGUGGAUUCUUCUCUUUUCAGCAGUUCAAAUCCUGAGAGGGAAGCAAUGCAGAGGGGAUUAGAUGAAACCACACAUGUUGAAAGUGAUAUAUGGAGGUUUAAGGAGCUAUUUGUAAGUUUUGCUAUCACUACAUAGCCAAUGUUAGCAUUAAUCGCUGUUUACCUACCAGUCUAGAAGAAACACUGCAAACUUCAUUCCUUUACUGGCUGUCUCCAGAGGUGGAAAGUGAUGGCAAUGUUUUGCUUCUACUUCUAUCACUUCUUUUACUGAAGUUAGCGUGCUAACCAGCCAGCCCUGACCUGGGCGGCCUGUCUCAUCACUUUCCGAUAGCAACUCACUGUAGUAGUAAGCUACUCAGAGGGGGUAUUUGGACCUCUGCUGAGCAACAGUGGCUGGAGUUCUUGGCAAGGGACCAUUACCACCAUCUGCUGGCAGGAAGAAACCACAUUCAUUGGCAGAGAAAACUUACAAAUAGCCCCUUUAAGAAAACACUUAGUGGGCCAGAGUAGUGAAGGAUACUGACAGACAAAGCCUAUCUACUCAUCUACACUUUCUUUUAAAUGAUAUCUUGAAGAAAAUAUUAAUGCUAGUUUUAAUCAUAAAGUAAACAAUCAUCUUAAAGCACUCAAGUUUUUUUUUUUUUAAUUAACUGUCAAUCAUCAGUUUUUCUGCUUUGGUUUUAUCACUGACAAGUCCUGAAAUCGCAAAAGGUCAAAAUUGACAAUGGCCGUUUUCUGUUUUCAAGGAUGGUUCCAAAUCAUGUAGUUAGCUCAUGACUUAGCUAAUUCAUCCCAAAACACACAGGUUCCAUAGAAAAAAACAGGUUUUUAUAAUUAUUCAGUUUCUGUGCCAAGUAGAGGUUUGAAUUCAGCCUUUAUCAUUUUUAACCUGUUUACCCAGAGAUGAUUUGCUUAACAUGUUCAAACACAUUCAGUUGCAGAAAUUUACACACGAGAACUGAUGGCAGAAGUAUUUCUAAAGAUGUCGCUCAAGGGCACAAGAAGUUGUUUUUGUUGUCUUAAAUUUUGUCUCCUCUCAGACCUUUGUUGACCUGUUAACAAACACUGGUCUAAGUCUGGAGUGUUGGGCACUUUAAACAUUGUCCUGAACGGGUACCGCCAUAAAAUUUCAAAUUGCACUAGUUUAAAAUAUUCUGAUUCAGAUAUUUGUGUGUAAUAACCAGUGGAAUGUAAUCUCACCUUUUCAAAUAUGUCACAAAUGCCAUAUUAUCUCUGCUGUUGUCUUUUAAUAGGAAGUCUGUGCAUUCAAAAGACCCCCAAAACUGUAGAACUGUGCUACUGAUUUUAGGUUUUCUUGAAAAUUCUGUCUUAAAGUCAUGUCAACCCAAUAUUACUUCAAACAUCAGAGUAAGUCUGUUGCUCCGUUUGUAUAGAAAGGUUUGUAAAAAGAGAUGUAGAUUUUUCCAGAAGGGGUCACUGUUGUUUCUGUCUGAGAUACUGCGAUGACGAUAUGCUGUGCUAUGAUUUACAGAUAUGUGCGUUUAAUACUGACUCAAGAGGGACUCAAAUCCAAGAUGCACUUUAAUGGAAACCUGUCAGGUGAUGGAGUGGGGUUCCUUUUAUUAACAAGGGAUUGUGGGAAGGUGAAAAGCUUGUUUGUGACUGGUUGGACACUUGUCAUUUCAUAUUUUUGACCUUUUUUUUGUUGUGGUUGUCUCAUUUUAACAUUAGCUCACAGAUCCAAGCUGCAUUUAAAGCCAUAUAUGGAUUUAUUUUGUGCGUAUUUAUAUCUAGGAUUGGUUCAUUAAGAUGGAUCACUGUUAUUUUCAUAAUUCUAUAAAGGAAGAAAUAGUUGAUUUUGCUUUUGGUUCACCAUGAUGAUUCUCUCAGACAUUUUCAUCUAUAUAAACAACGCUAUAUGAAUAUUAUAUUUGAGGGUAAUAUUUGUCACAGUGUCUUGUAGCCUCUUUUGAGUCUCAACAACAGCUAUAAGCAGCACUAUCUUUACUCUUCCUCUUUUCUCUGGACACCAAGUUACCACUCAGAAACUUAUCUUUCUCUCGUUGUCACUCUUUCAAAACAGUAGUGUGUUUAAGGUCAGUGAAGACAGAUUUCUAUUUCUACUGUCGAUGCUUCCAUGUUUGUCAUGGCUACACAAGUUCAAACACUGCAUCUGCUCUUUCACAGCAUUGUUUUGUGAAUAAAUCUGAAGUUGUUCCGUU